GUUUUCGUCUUCAGUUCGAUCACCUCUUUAUAUCUUGGAAAAGGUGAUUUAUUUUUGAACAAAUAACAAACAAAGACUACAGUAGGAAAAAAAAAUUAUUUCCAUUAAAAAUGUGGCUUUUUAGACACCCCAAUGUUGUAGUAUAUAAACCUCUAAUUAGUCCAUAAUCUCAGACAGCUUGAACAAGAAAAAUUCCUCUCCCACCCUAAGAAAACCAAAGAAAAAUGGCCAUAACAAGUGAUUAUGCAGUCCCAAUAAUUGAUCUGGAGUCCUUUCCAGAACAAUCAAAGAAGCUGAUACAAGCAUGUGAGGAAUGGGGUUGUUUCAGGAUCACCAACCACCACAGGAUCCUCCCUGCACCUCUGGCGGCGGAGAUGAAGGCAGUGACCCGGUCCCUCCUCGACCUUCCGGCCGAAAUCAAGCGGCGGAACACCGACGUGAUCGCAGGAAGUGGGUACAUGGCGCCUAGUAAAAUUAAUCCCUAUUAUGAGGGUUUAGGCCUUUAUGAUAUUUCAUCUAGUGAUGCUGUUGAGGCCUUUUGUACCCAGUUGGAUGCCUCUCAUGACCAAAGGAAAACGAUAAUGAAGUAUGCUGAAGCAAUACACGAGCUAGCGAUGGACAUAAUGGGCAAGUUAGCCGAAGCCAUGGGGUUAUCCACCCUUUCGUUUGAGGACUGGCCUUGCCAAUUCAGGAUCAACAAAUACAACUUCACGCCAGAGACCGUAGGCUCCACCGGCGUCCAGAUACAUACCGACUCGGGGUUCCUUACCGUGCUUCAGGAUGACGAGAAUGUGGGUGGUCUUGAAGUCAUGAACAAGUCCGGUGAAUUCGUGGCCGUGGAACCAAUGCCGGGUACCCUCGUUGUCAAUUUCGGGGACAUUGCUACUAUAUGGAGUAACGGAAGAUUUCGCAACGUAAAGCACCGGGUGCAAUGCAAAGAAGCAACCAUACGUCUGUCAAUUGCUUCGUUUCUCUUGGGACCGAAGGAGGCACUGGUGGAAGCCCCUCCUGAAUUAGUCGACUCAGAACACCCCCGGUUGUACGUUCCUUUCACUUACAAAGAUUACAGAACGCUCCGAAUCUCAAAUAAUUUUAGUGCUGGUGAAGCUCUUGAUCAUGUGCGCGUCAACUCUUCCCAAACUACACAAGCAUAGAGAACACGUUUAUCUGUUAUUGACAUUCAUACGAAAAUGAAAUUUAAACUUGGGGAGUUUCUUGGCUUUCUGCCUGAAUUACCUGGGUUUGUAUUGAAUGAUAAUUUUCCUGGUGGAGUUCUCACGAAUUCAAGUUCUUAUUUCCAGAAA